CUUUCCUCUCGCCAUUCUGCCACCCCUUCCAGCCUAGAAGCUUCCCGGAUGACGAGUGACGUCAACAAGUCAUCUUUGUUCCCUUAAUGCAGCCGACUAUUUUUUAUCUGUACAUCGCGAGGACACCAGCGCGAGCGCUUCUGCCAGAAUAACAGCCACAGGCGAGGUGCGGCAGAAACCAAAUACACCGAACUGCGAUAACCAAAACGGAAGAACCGCACCUUGACUGUAAACAUAAUCACUCCCUUAUUUAGAACCAACAGAGGAGAGAUUCGGACUAAGAAGCAGAAGGGGAGCGAAAAACGGUCCAGGCAAGCCACAGUUCAGCCAUUUAAAGUUCCCUUCCGAUUGGACUAGCACACACUAAUAACCCACAAUACGAGAUGUCUGCACCGGCCCCUGCUGCCGCCCCUGCUGGUGAUGGUGCCCCUCAGGCCCCCCCCAACCUCACCAGCAACCGCCGCCUUCAGCAGACACAGGCACAAGUGGAUGAGGUGGUGGACAUCAUGCGGGUGAACGUGGAUAAGGUUCUGGAGCGGGACCAGAAGCUGUCGGAGCUGGACGAUCGGGCCGACGCCCUGCAGGCAGGGGCCUCCCAGUUUGAGACCAGCGCCGCCAAGCUGAAGAACAAGUACUGGUGGAAGAACGCCAAGAUGAUGAUAAUCCUGGGAGUGAUAUGUGUGAUCGUUCUGAUUGUGAUCAUCGUAUAUUUCAGUACCUAAGUGGGAAGUACCCCCGCACCUGACAGCACUCAACGACGCCCGAUUCCAAGCAACAGAAACGAUGAGAAAAAAGAAAAGCCCCACUGACUGACCUAAUUAACUGCCCCACCUGAUGCCCCACAUCCUGCCCCACCUGAAGCACCCCCUUUGCUUCGGGGUCUGUUCCCCUGUGUCCUGUGAGUCCGCUGUACUUUCCUGUAAAUAGGUCCUGCUUUUCUUAUCUGUAGGUAAAAAAAUAUGGUUCCAUUAUCAGCGUUAUUACUGACAAAAACAAAAACAAAAAAACAAAGACCAAGGCAAUUAUUGUUAUAUACCAAGAUAUGAUGAUAUGAUAUAUAAUAUAUAUUUUUGUUUUUUGUAGAGUUUUAUUCUGAGAUAAUGUUUUUUGUAGGUUGUGUGUGGGUGUGUGUUUGUAUUUUUUUAAUUUUGUAUUGAUUUAUUUUUGCUUCAGAUUUUAACUACUGCCUGUUAUUUGGAGUGACUCUCUCUCUCUCUCUCUCUCUCUUUUUCUCUGGAAAUGUUUCUGUUUCUCUGAAGCCUUACACAGAGGACUUGUGUUGAUUUCCGUAAAGGGUGGUUUUGCUUGUUAACCAAUAUUCUCCCUCUCUCUUGCUCUCUCUCCCUCUCUCUUUCUCUCUCUCCUUCUCUUUCUGUUGUUCAUUCUUGCUGUUUAGUCCUCAGAAGGGCUUUUUCUUUCUUCCUCUUAGUCUCCCUCUCUUUUUUGUGAAGCCGCAGUAGAGCUGGACCAGUGUAUGUGUUAUUUUAUAUUUUUUACAUUUCUUUAGUGUCUUACCUCUUCAACAUUCCUUAAUAGCAGUGUAGUAUUAUGCUGACUAUAUAACACAUAUAUGUAUAAGUGUGCUUAAAAAUGAAGAAAUAAGUCUCAAGACGUUAAUCGCUAAAACUAAUAUCCCCUAAUCGGUGUUAAAAGAACAAUUCUGGUGAAUAUUUUUUGGGUUUUAAAACACUUUAUGACCCCAGGAGUGAGCAGUGGCUGCAGCCUUGCGGGACUGAAGGACUCUGGGUAAUUUGGGAAGUGAGCCACGCCCCCAGCCAGCAGUGCAUUCCGUACCUGCAGGGGCAGAGUUAACGAGGGUCAUGUUAACGAGGGUCACAAUUAGUUGAUUAGUUUUGCAGUUCCUUAAAUUUGAGGGCACGCUGUUGAUCGAUUGUCCUGCGCAUGAAAAGACACACCGACACACCCACACUCACACACACUCUCACACUCACACACACACACUCACACACUCACACACACUCACACACACACACACACACUCACACACACUCACACACACUCACACACACACACACACACACUCACACACACACUCACACUCACACACACUCACACACACACACACUCUCACACACACACACCGACACACAGACACACCCGGUGCCCACAGCUCUGUCUCCUCUUCCCGGGGGGGGUUGGUGAAAAUGAACACACUGAAAUAAUGGAAUUCCUCCACUAUGGCCCCCAGGUCACUCAGUGAGAACAUGUGUGACUCAGAGUGGAUGGUUCUGAGAGAGUCACGUCUGCCUUUACCACUGAAACCCACCAAAGCACAAGAUGUGUACCCUGAUCCCCUAGGAUCAGCAGGGAGGGGCUGGAUAUCGUGGGAAACCCUGCGCAACGCUAGCGCUUCGCUGAUUUCUGGUCCUGUUCGUUUAUUCUCUCAAACUGCUGCCUUCUUUUCAGUUUAAAAAAAAAAAACAGAAAAAUAAAUAGUUUAUAUUUA